UCAUUUAUUUGUUUUUUAUCUUUUUUUUAACAAAUAACUCCUCAGUCCUAACAAAUAAAAACAAAUCCUCAUUAAUAAAAACAAAUCCUCUCAAAUAAAAACCAAUCCUUACAAAUAAAAAAAAAAGUGGUAAAAUAAAAAAAAAAAAAAAAGGUAAUAAAUUAAAAAAAAAAUAAUUAUUAUUUAAGGUCAAAAAAUAAUAUAAAUUAUCUUUAAAUUUUUUUCAAGCAGAAAUAUAUUAAAUUUUUAUUACCAAUUAAUAAUAAUAAUAAUUACAUAUUUUUAUAAUAUUUAUAAAAAUAUUUUUAGAAAAAAAAAAUGGAUAAAUUUUUUUUAUUUGUCAUACUAUUACAAAUUACAAUAUUAAAUUUUGUUGUUUCUAACGCCACACCAAUGGUUGUAAAUGAUAGGCCUAUUAUUGGUGUUUUAACCCAACCAUCGGCAUCAUUUAAAUCAUAUGGAAAAAAAUAUAUUAUGGCAAGCUAUGUAAAAUUUGUUGAAAUGGGUGGUGCCAGAGUUGUUCCCAUUGAUUAUGAUUUGCCAUUAGAGGAACAAACCAAGCUUUAUAAUAAACUUAAUGGAAUUCUAUUACCAGGCGGUGAUGUAGACUUUAACAAAGAACAUCAAUACAAUAAAACCCUCUACCACAUUUGGGAUUAUUUUUUAAAAACUAAUAAUGGUGGUGACUAUUUCCCACUUUGGGGCACAUGUUUGGGCUUAGAAGAAAUUGUAUCAGUAUCCGGUAAAUCGUAUGAUGUAUUAGGUAAUUUCCCAGUACAUAAAACCAGUCUUCCAAUAUCAUUUACAGAACAUGCCUGCACCAGUAGACUAUAUCAAGAUUGUUCAACUGAAAUAAUCAAUAUAUUUAAAAAUGAAAACGUCAGUUGGAAUAACCACAACUUUGGUAUAUCACCUCAGAAAUUCAAUGAAAUCGGGUUAAAUAAAAUAUUUGACAUACUUGCAUUAAAUAAAGAUGAAAAUGGAAAUACAUUUGUUUCAGCAAUAGAGGGCAAACACAAUUUACCAGUUUUUGCUGUAAUGUCACAUCCUGAAAAAACAUUUUACAGUUGGGCUAAAGACGGCACCAAUCAUUCAAAACAUUCAAUUUUAGCAAAUCAACACUAUUCAAACUUUUUCGUUAAUGAGUGUAAAAAAUCUUCACAUCAAUUCACCAAUCAAGAAGAAGAGUAUAGCUUAUUAAUUUACAAUUUUAGUCCAGUUUACUCAAUGCGUUAUUUAUCCGUUCCAGUAGAACAAAUUUAUUUUUUUAAAUAAAAUAAAAUAAUGGCAUUUCUUUUUAUUAAAAUAGUAACUUUUUAUAAUAAAAUAAACUAAUUAAUAUAAAUUUAUCU